AUGGAGGGCAUCCCACCAUCGCACCAAGAGUUGAAAGACCGGGGCCUGCUUCAUGAAUGGUCCCGUGGAAUGUUCACGGUCUUCGUGUCACACCAGUGGCUUUCGUCCAGACAUCCGGACCCUCAUGGACAGCAGCUGAAGGUUCUGCGCUUGGCAUUGCAGGGCAUUGUCGAUGGAUCUUUGCAGGUGGAAGCAGAUCCGAUCAGCCGCAUGCAAGGCGAGCAAAGUGGGAUGUCAGGUCGCGCACGCAAGGACGUGAGCAAUGGCUUUGUGUUCCUGGACUGGUUUGCAAUCCCGAGCAUCACCGUCCGGAAGACGGAGAGCGACGUUAAGUCUGAGGUUCUAAGGGCAGUUCGCAGUAUCCCGGCCUAUGUGGAGGUUGCAGACCUCUUCGUGUCUUUGGUUCCCGAGCUGAUUACCGACCGUGGUAGAGCUCUGACAGCAGCCGAGAACGCUUUGACGUGA